GCUGCAGUUUGUUUUCUUCUGUAUCGAAGUGUUUAUUCGUCGUAGCCGUAUUUAUUAUUCCGAAAAAUAAUAUAAUAACUUCGAUGAAGAUUCGUCUAACGAAAAUUCCAACCAGUAAGUUUGAGUACCUGACCAAACUUAAUUACUGGAAGUUCACCGCAGCGUAUUUAGAAGGAUUAGAUGACGACUACCCGUUAUAGUUAACUAGAACUGCAUGACCAAUAAUGAUGAAUUCGAUGGUAGACCAAUCGGUACAUCCGGUUGUGACAGUUCCUCAAAUCGUAUCAGUCGUUUCGGAAGUUGAUCAUCAAUCAUGUGAUGUGCAAAUAAUGUCAAGUGACAGUCGGCUUUCAAGCGCCCCUCCAGAGGAGUUAGCGUCAAUCUACGACGAUGGCGAGAAAGGCCUCACUGAAGAGAUUAUCGAAUAUGUCGCUGGAUCCAUGCCAUCUCCUUCCGAAGGAUGCGAAGAAGCUGAACAAAGCAAAGUAAACAUUGAAAGUCAGUCAAACACAGCCAGUAUGGAAAUGUUAUAUCCGAGUGAGCAGAAUCAAGAUGAAUCAAAUCAACCGAAUGGCACUACAUCAACCAGCAAUGUUGAAAAUGAAUCUCCGAAUAUCAGUCCCAAACGCAACUCCUCCGAAGGUGCGCUGCUUACAAAAUGCACAUCAACCAGCAAUGCUGAAAAUGAAUCUCCGAAUAUCAGUCACAAACGCAACUCCUCCGAAGGUGCGCUGCUUACAAAAUGCACAAAGAAACAAGCAUCCACGGAGAUGAAAUUUCGGUGUUUCGAUAUCAAUUGGAGCAAAAUCAGUGACCACCUUCUGGAUCGUUUGCGAGCCCUACAAGAAUUUAAAAAAUCCAAUCCAGGUGUAUUUAUACCCGCAGCGAUACGUAUCACCAAGACAGAACUAACGACAUUGAUAAACACCGUGGUAGAACAGCUUCGAAUUAUCGAUACGAGAAUCAGAGCCGAUACUAUGGAAACAGUCGCACGUCAAAUUCUUGAAAAGUUCCCGGCAUUAGAUUACACUGACGACGAUGGGUUUGGAGGCGGCCAAGGUUACAUCGAGCUGAAAUACAAAAUGAUUAAUCGGAACAACUAUUUAAACCGGUUCAGAAAUUCUCAGCCACAUCAAACACUUAUUAAUUCAAUGAGUCUAAAGAAGAAGCGGAACGAACGAGCAGGAACUCUGAGUGAAUACUGGGCGAAAUCUGCCAACCAGUGUGAUAAGGUUGUUCAAGCAAAAUUGGUUAGAGAUGAACCGAACUUGCUUUCAAACGAAUUUCUGCUCCUAUCACAACCUUACGUUCGGUUCAGGCUUGAUGAGAAAAUUAAUACAGCCAUCAUGUUGAAACAACUGCCGGUUCUACGACGACGUCUCCUUCUGAAUUUCCAUUUCAAUCAGGCUACCGGAGUGAACGUUACAGAAUUUCGUAAAUAUUUUGCAUCGAAGAGGGAAAAAAUCAUCCGGUACUCACAUGCUGUCAAAUCCAAUAAGAAUCUGACAGAAGCAUCAACCGACUUUGAAAUACUGGAAUUUCUUUGUUUGCUUGUAGGAGAGAACUUCGAAGAUUUCCUGAUCAAGAAGGAAAUUGGUACACGUAUUGAUGACAUAUUUAUUGGCAGUCCAGGCCCAAUUAUGGUAUCUGUUGACAUAGGUAAUGAAAGAUCCGUAUUCUACAUCUACGCUAACGAAACGCGAUUGACUGAGGGCGCAGUUGAUAUAAUUACUGCUAUGGAAGAUAUUUUCACUAUACACUUUGUUCAUAAUUUUAUGUACACUAAAGUCUCGUCGAAGUUCAUGGAAUUUAUUCAGGAAUACUUCCUGAAGAUAAUAACUAUGGCGGCAUCAAAAUCGAACGCUAGCCGCGUAGGCCAGAGACAGCGUUCAGUCAGAAAAGUGAUUGCUGCCUUAUCAAAUUUCGAAGUUACCAAUCCACCAGACACAGAUGCUUGAUUUACCACUAUUGAAAGGUGUUCAAACCGCUUACGAUGGAUACAAGAAUAACUAAUAAAUAAAUAUAACU